UGCAAAUGACCUCUUACGGGUUUUAUGGCGCUCCACACGCAGCAGGUUUCGAAGGUUCUCGCCCGUUUUCGGGCGGCCGGGGCGGUGUGAGCCGGCAUUGCCCCAUUUGUUAUUGGUCUCAACAAGCCACAAAACGCCUCGCACUUGUCACAGACUUGACACAGAGGUUGUGACCGAGCCAGACAGCGCUGGGUCUAGUCCACCCGGGGGUUGUUUAAGGGAUAGAAAGGGUUUCCCUUCUCUGGUCCAGACCAGUUUUGACCUUAAAAGAAGAGGUUUGCCGUGCCCUGUGCGAGACGGGACAGGUGGCCAGGGCGCUCCGCUCGCCGCCCUCCUCGCCCGGCGCGGUGCCCGCAGCGAUGCCAGAGCACAGCCCCGCUGUCAUCGCCUGACGGACACCCGGCACACCCAGGGGACAGCUCCCCCCUGCCCUGGGCAGAGGGGCUGACAGAAAGGAGCGUGGUGGCUGAAAGUGCCUGGCACCUUCUGGCACCUCCCCGGGCAAGGAACACUGUGCUGCUGCCACAAAGACUCCCACAGACAUCCAAGUCAGAGGAGAGCAGGCAAAAUGGCCUCGAUCUUCCGGAGCGAGGAGAUGAGCCUGAUGCAGCUCUUCCUUCAGGUGGAGGCUGCCUACUGCUGCGUGGCUGAGCUUGGGGAGCUGGGUCUGGUCCAGUUCAGAGAUCUGAAUGUGAAUGUCAACAGCUUCCAGAGAAAGUUUGUGAAUGAAGUGAGAAGGUGCGAAUCCUUGGAGAGGAUCCUGCGUUUUCUGGAAAAUGAGAUGGAAGACGAUGUUGAGAUAGUCAAGCGAGAAAAGUACCCAGAGACCCCCCUGCCUCGGGAGAUGAUUGAUAUGGAGACAGUGCUGGAGAAACUUGAAGCCGAGCUUCUGGAAGCCAACCAGAACCAGCAAACACUGAAGCAGAACUUCCUUGAACUGACAGAGCUCAAACAUCUGCUGAAGAAAACCCAGGACUUCUUUGAGGCAGAAACCAAUCUGCCGGAUGAUUUCUUCAGUGAGGACACAUCUGGACUGCUGGAGCUGAAAAGCACUCCUGCUGCUGCUGCUGCCAAGCUGGGAUUCACAGCAGGGGUAAUAAGGAGGGAAAGGAUGAUACCCUUUGAACGUUUACUGUGGAGAGCCUGCAGGGGAAAUAUCUACCUGAGGUACACGGAAAUGGACACCCCCAUGGAGGACCCUGUGACAAGAGAAGAGGUGAAGAAGAAUGUGUUCAUUAUCUUUUAUCAAGGAGAGCAACUUAAACAAAAAAUCAAGAAGAUUUGUGACGGAUUUCGUGCCACAGUCUAUCCCUGUCCAGAGUCUGCCACCGAGCGCCGAGAAAUGCUUGAUGGAGUCAACACAAGGAUUGAGGAUUUAAACACGGUGAUGACACAAACUGAAUCUCACCGCCAGCGACUGCUGUAUGAGGCAGCAGCCAACUUGUGGUCCUGGGGGAUCAAAGUGAAGAAAAUCAAGGCUAUCUACCACAUCCUGAAUUGCUGUAACAUCGACGUCACCCAGCAGUGUGUCAUUGCAGAGAUCUGGUUCCCAGUGGCUGAUGCUGACCGGAUAAAAAGAGCUCUCCAUCACGGAAUGGAGCGCAGUGGCUCUACCAUUGCCCCUAUCCUUACUGCCAUACACACCAGGAUGGCACCACCCACCUUCAACAGGACCAACAAGUUCACAGCUGGAUUUCAGAACAUUGUGGAUGCGUAUGGUGUGGGCAACUACAGGGAGAUGAACCCAGCUCCAUACACUAUCAUUACUUUCCCCUUCUUGUUUGCGGUGAUGUUUGGGGAUUGUGGCCAUGGUGCUGUCAUGCUGGGCUUUGCACUCUGGAUGGUCAUUAAUGAGAAGAGCCUUCUGGCCCAGAAGAGCACUAAUGAGAUCUGGAAUACCUUUUUCAGCGGGCGCUACCUGAUCCUGCUCAUGGGCAUAUUCUCCAUGUACACUGGAUUCAUCUAUAAUGACUGCUUCUCCAAAUCAUUCAACUUCUUUGGUUCUUCCUGGCAUAUCAUCCCCAUGUUUAAAAAUAACACUUGGAAUAAGGACGUGCUUCUAGACAAUACGGUGCUGCAGUUGGAUCCAGCAGUCCCAGGAGUCUACUCUGGAAAUCCAUAUCCAUUUGGAAUAGAUCCGAUCUGGAAUGUUGCAUCAAACAAGCUGACUUUCCUGAACUCUUACAAAAUGAAGAUGUCGGUUGUCAUAGGGAUUGUGCACAUGAUUUUUGGGGUGAUACUCAGUCUCUUCAACCACAUCUACUUCAGGAAAUAUAUAAACAUUAUCCUUCAGUUCAUUCCAGAGAUGAUUUUUAUUAUCUCUCUUUUUGGCUACCUGGUCUUCAUGAUUAUUUUCAAAUGGUGUCAUUUUGAUGUCCACUCAUCCCAGAGUGCACCAAGCAUCCUCAUCCACUUCAUCAACAUGUUUCUGUUCAAUUAUAGUGACACUUCAAACGCUCCACUGUAUCUGCAUCAGAAAGAAGUGCAGAGUUUCUUGGUCAUAUUUGCUCUGAUUGCUGUUCCCUGGAUGCUCCUAAUUAAACCUUUCAUCCUCCGAGCCAACCACCAGAAAGCACAGCGCAUGAUCCGUUCUCAAGCCAUCUCAGGAAACCCUGGAGGUGAAAAUGAGGUAGAUGUCCAAGAGACCAAUCACUCCAAGAAAGCUUCCCAGGGAGACCACAGUGGUGGCCAUGAAGGACAUGAGGGUGAUGAUGAAGAGUUCAAUUUUGGAGACAUAUUUGUCCACCAAGCUAUCCACACCAUUGAAUACUGCCUUGGCUGCAUCUCCAACACAGCAUCCUACCUGCGGCUCUGGGCGCUGAGCUUGGCCCAUGCACAGCUGUCAGAGGUGCUUUGGACCAUGGUGAUGCACAACGGGUUGAGCAGCAGUGGCUGGACAGGCCUCAUUGUCAUCUUCAUUAUCUUUGCAGCAUUUGCAGUGCUGACAGUGGCCAUCCUGCUGGUCAUGGAGGGGCUCUCUGCCUUCCUGCAUGCCUUGCGUCUGCACUGGGCUUGACAGCACUGUAUUAUAGAUGUUUGCACACAUCAUCACUUAACAAAAGUGUUAGUUUUGACCUGUGUAAACGAAAGACUGCACCCAUUUCAACAUUUUUAGCCAUUUUAUUUAUCUCUGUUGGCUUGUUUCUCACUGGAGACUUAAGAUGACUCCUCCUGUGCUGUAUGUUUCAAGAUGGGUUGUUAAAGCAGAUUAUGUAGAAAUGCUAAUACCUAAGGAACAGAAAGAAGAGUGGAAUCAAAGCAGUUGACAUGAAUUUGAAGUACUGAUGUACUGUGAUCUUCCUAAAUAUUCAUUAAUUACUAAUCUUUCAAACUGAAUAGUGUUAAUCAGGCUGUGUUUUUUUAACCAUUAAGUAUGUAAAGAAAACAGAGCACACCAAUGGAUUUGGAGUGGACAGUGUUCCCUUUCAUGGGACGUAACCAAACAGGCCCUUAUUUUCAAACCUCACAUUCUUGAUAUCCAGCUCCACCAAAAAAACAACCUGGGAGUGUUCCCAGCAGGACACACAGUGUAAUGAGUCAUCACAGGUAAUAUUUCUGCAGCAUUCAGGCUUGAGAGUCACCUUCAGCUACAGCGACAGGGGAGAAAAUACAGCCCCAGGCAAAGCAGUUGUUCUGAUUUUCUCUUGUGGUCUCAAGAAGCCACACUGAUGUUGGGCACUGGUUGCCAGCAGAGCCACGAGCCUUUUUCAACAACAGCUUGGGUUAGGAGCAGCAGCUGGAGCUGAGAAGAGGUGGGCAUGGGAGUGUGUCCAUGACCCUUGCAUGGUCUUGUGUCACCAGUUCUUUGGGCAUGGGUAACCUACAAUACAGACAAAAACCACAUGGAUAUCACUGCAGAUGGUGUCACAGUUGCUCAGUGUAUGCUCAUCACCUUUGUUUCUUCCUUCCAGCCUGUUUUGUUUAUUCCUAUUCAGGAGAAAAGCAGUUUUGCAGCAAGAAAGGCCAAAGUAGUUUUGCAUUACCAAACACAGAGAAAACCAUUUGCUUUACGAAACAGCGGGUGAAUUUUCUGCACAAAUACACAUUUUAUCUUUAUUACA